UUAUUAUAUUUUCAUACCAUGCAUCAAUGAAGGAAGUCAGUUCUUUAUAAAUGGUGGUGGAACAACAGCAACAUAAAUCAUCAGUUCAUUUCACAGUUUUCAACUAUUUAGUUUGUUUCAAUCUAGAUAGUUGAAACAAACUAAUAUCAUGGCUAGAGGUAGGAUGCAACUUGUGGGUGCAUCUUUUAUGAUGUUAUUGAUGAUUGGGGUAAUUGCAGAGGCAGCAAGAACUCCGCCUGGAAUCGCCAACAACCCUCCUAACACUGCUACAUGUCAUAAUACGGCGUACAAGGAAUGUCACAACUUGGUUCAUGUUUGUCCCAAGUUCUGUGAUAAUGGUUGUCAUGUUAACUGUCGUUCAUGCAAACCCAUUUGCGGCCCUGAUGAUGGAUCAUCUGAUGGUCCUCCAGAAGACAGCAGUCCACCACCAGGUGGUGAUGACAAAGGCAAUGGCAAAGAUAAAACUCCUGGUAAACCUCCAGUCACACCUCCUUCCGUGCCAACUCCUUCGCCUCCAAUUUACCCCACACCUCCCACCGUGCCUACGCCUUCACCUCCUGUUGUCCCUACACCACCUACUCCUUCACCUCCAGUUAUACCUACACCACCCGCCGAGCCAAUUCCCUCACCUCCAAUCACACCCACACCACCUUCUGUGCCUACCCCAUCACCUCCUGUGACACCUACACCUCCAAUAUACCCCACACCUCCCACCGUGCCUACGCCUUCACCUCCCGUUGUCCCUACACCACCUACUCCUUCACCUCCAGUCACACCUACACCACCCGCCGAGCCAAUUCCCUCACCUCCAAUUACACCCACACCACCCGCCCAGCCAAUUCCCUCACCUCCAGUUACACCCACACCACCUUCUGAGCCUAUCCCAUCACCUCCGGUAACACCUACACCACCAGCAGAACCUACUCCUUCACCUCCAAUUUACCCCACACCUCCAACCGUGCCUACUCCUUCACCUCCGGUAACACCUACACCACCUUCUGAGCCAAUUCCUUCCCCACCGGUGACACCUACACCACCAUCUGAGCCAACUCCAUCACCUCCAGUAACACCUACACCCCCCGCUGAGCCAGUUCCUUCUCCUCCAGUUACACCGACGCCACCUUCUGAGCCAACUCCGGCACCUCCAGUUACACCUACACCACCAUCAGAGCCUAUUCCUUCACCUCCAGUUUAUCCAACACCACCAUCAGAACCAACUCCUUCACCUCCAGUGACACCAACACCGCCCUCCGAGACAACUCCAUCACCUCCUGUAACACCAACACCACCUUCUGAACCAAUCCCUUCACCUCCAAUAACACCCACACCACCUUCUGAACCAACUCCUCCAUCUCCUGUAUACCCGACACCACCUUCUGAACCAACUCCUCCAUCUCCUGUAUACCCGACACCACCUUCUAGUCCUACACCCAGUACGCCUACGAGUCCAUCAACUCCACCAAGUUCAGAAGUUUCAGCGAAGAGGAGAGUGAGAUGCAGAAACCAAAAAUACAGCCAGUGCUACAAUGUUGAGCAUGUGUGCCCUGCUGCUUGUCCUACUAGUUGCAUGGUCGACUGUGUAACCUGCAGGCCCAUGUGCAACUGUGAUCAACCUGGAGCUGUUUGCCAAGAUCCACGAUUCAUAGGUGGUGAUGGCAAUACCUUUUACUUCCACGGGAAGCAAAAUCGCAAUUUCUGCCUGCUUUCAGAUUCUAACCUCCACAUAAAUGCCCACUUCAUUGGUAAAAGAAACCAAAACAUGAAAAGAGAUUUUACCUGGGUCCAAGCCAUUGGUAUCCUCUUCAAUAAUCACCAGAUAUAUGUCGGAGCUCAAAAAACAGCAAUGUGGGACGAUUCUGUGGAUCGCUUAGGACUCUCCUUUAAUGGACAACCCAUCUACUUGCCUGAAUCAGAAGGCGCGAAAUGGCAAUCUGAAGUUGACCCAAGUGUCACCAUAACUAGGUCGAGUGUAGCAAACAAAAUAAUCGUCGAAGUUGAAGGAAGCUUCAAGAUAACAGCUAAUGUUGUACCCAUAACAGAAGAAGAUUCCAGGGUUCACAACUAUGGAAUAAGUAAAGACAACUGCUUUGCUCAUCUUGAUCUGGGUUUCAAGUUUUACUCACUCAGUGACAAUGUAAAUGGUGUUCUAGGACAAACUUACGCAAACGAGUACGUCAGUAAAUUGAAAAUGGGUGCUUCUAUGCCUGUCAUGGGUGGGGACGAUAAGUUUAUUACUUCAACCGUCUUUGCAGACGAUUGCAGUGUCGCUAGAUAUACCGGCAUUGGGUCUUCUAACAGAGGAUUUUCUUCAGAGUACACCAGCGUAACUUGCAGUAGUGGAAUCGAUGGACGCGGUGUGGUCUGCAAAAGAUAGAAUUAUCAUCAUCCAUCAAAAUGAAGAGAGAUCGAUUUCAACUGACUCAAGGGAAAACUUUUUAAAUUUUUUGAAUAAGACUUCAGAUAUUAAAUCUUGUACUGUAAGCGGUACAUGACUAUAUGUUCGACAAUGCUUUUACUAAUUGUAAUUGGUGCUAUUUGAUCUUAUUACUAUUGAAAAUUUAAUAAUAAAUU